AUGUUCAAGAGCUUGACAGGACUAAGGGGUAUGGUUCCAGAAGUGUCUAGAAUCACUCAUCUGUCGCGGCCGGUCAAACUCACAGCGCUGAGUUUAUCACUUGGUAUUGCUCUGAUUGGAGCCCUAGCCAUGUUUUUCCGGCGGCGGCGCAAGCGGACUCAAAUGAUUCAGAAGAAGUUAGAGGCUAAGAACCAAAGACAACAACAGAGUCAGAAUCAUCACCAGUAUCAUAGUCACCCUCAUAUUCCACGGCCACAAGGUAUUCUUUUUGGAUCUGGAAAUAGGUCUGCUACCACUUCUUUGCGGAAGCUACGAAGUUCACAUUUAACAAGAACACAGGCUCCAAAUGGAGAUGUGACCCCUACAAAUAAAAAGACCAUCUCCAGCAGUGUUGACAGCAGCAACUUUGGCAGUGGGGAUGUGGGAGAUCUCUUGCGACAUAGGGCACUGUCUGCAUCCAUGAACAGUUUAGGGGGUCUUUCCCACACCUCAAACUCUUCCACCAUCACACACUCUGGCAUAGACACGGUCAAUAUGUCCAGUGCUGAUUUAUGCCAGCUGGGUAUGGAGAACCUGGCAUUGGCGAUAUCAUACUGGGAGGAUGCUGUUAUGAAACUCUCCUAUCUUGAUGACCAACAAGGGGUCUUAGCCAUCCCUGAUUCCGACACAGCAGAUUUACAACAUAAACUGGAGAACCUAUUAGAUCUGGCCUACCGUAUGCAGGACAACUAUGAACGAAUGUGUGAACGUCAGGUUGAACAUAUAGCUUUAGAAUCAGCUCUUGCCGUCUUUGCAGACAUGGACAAGGACAGGAGCUUUGAUGAAGAUUCUAGUGAUCAAGAAUCAUUUGUUUCUGCCACAGACAUGGCCCACUUAACCGACCUGGACUUCAACCGGGAUAUACUGCAUCAUGUGCCACUCUACGAAGCUGGGAUGUUGGAGUUGAAAUAUGGGAAUGUACCAUGUAGGACCAUAAG